AUGGCUGAAGGAAUGGUUAAAAUUCCAGAGCUAAACUCUAAGAUCUUCUACCUCCCUCAAGAUCAUGCUGAACAUGCAUACGAACCUGUCAAUUUUCUUGCUGACUUCAAAAUUCCAUCCAAUAUUCUAUGUAGAGUUGCGGCUUUUCAAUGUAGGGAUGAUCCUUUCACAGAUGAAGUAUAUGUAAAACUCAGACUUGUUCCUCUGCAUAUUAGCGAAGUUAGUUUCGAUGAUGACGAUGUUGCUGACCUUGAUAAUAUAGUUGCGGUUAUCCAAUAUAAGGUUGAUCCUGCCACAAAUGAAGUAUAUGCAAAACUCAAGCUUGUUCCUCUUCAUAUUAGCGAAGUUAGUUUUGAUGAUGACGAUGUUGUUGACAUCGAUAAUAUGUGUGAAACUAAGAAUACAUAUUAA